AUGGAGCUGGCUGUCUUCUUGAAGUACCAGUCCGGCCGCCACCUUGUCGUGUUGCCGCUGUGGCUUCCGCCCUGGCUACUCCUUGCCGUGCUCUUCGACUGGGUGAGCGUUCGAUGCCUCGUUUUUCGUCUCCUGGGUUGGGCAGAAGGCUUUUUUCUAAAUCUGCCACUGCCCGCUUCCUAUCCGCACCUGGAAGCUCUGCUGCGCGUGCUUUUAUACACUCUCGUUAUGGGAUGUGCUUACCUCCCGGCGGGAAUUGCGGCGGCAAUUUCGUUUUCAAUGAAGCUGAAGCAGCAUGGAGAGAUGUUGGAGCGGCUUGCUUCUUUCGACGUGCGCUACGCCAAGUGCACAGUCGGCGCAGAUCGGCCCAUCAUUGAGGCAACGAUUGCCCAGCUGUACGAUGAAAUUGACGACUUACCGAUACUAGGUGGGAUAUCUGUGGCUGUGGAGGUGCCAGAGGUCGCUGCUGCAGCUGCUGUUAGCAGACAGGACAGUGACCAGCUAUUGGCCCAUGCGGAGAUCAUCAGAGACCCUGUUAUCCGUGGCCUAACAAGCUAUCCUAGCCAAGAGGAGAGCUUGGACGCUUUCAACAUGGAAGUCCGAGGACCGUUGCGCACCGAAAUCAUACGGCAAUCUGGCAGUGCCACAAGUUUGCCGCUGUCGGUCUGCACGCAGGCGUUUGCACCCUUCUUCUUCUACAUUUGCUCCUCAUGCUUCUUGGAUUGCGAUGGACUGGGCGGAUGUGCUGCUGCACUUAAGGCGGAAGGCUUUGACUCCUUCAGGACCCUCCUACUCGUGGACAUUGAUACGAUGUUCCUCAACUACUUUUCAUUGACCAUCAUCUUCCCAUGUAUCCUACAUGCACAACACUGGGGCUUCAAACGCACACGAUCGCCUUGCGCGCACGCCUGCUUUGCGGCAGCGAGCACCUUUCUUGCAUACUUUUAUGCCUUCGCGCUGCUGGGCAUAAAUGGGGGCAACGCAGUGGCGCUCGGCACGAGAGGCGCAACUCCCACAUGGCUGCUGUGGACCUUGUCCGUUGGCAUGUUUUCCGUACUGCAAUGGUUCCUGAUCUUCUACAACCAGGCAACGCCGGCGCCCGCUGCCUCGUGUCGAACCCUUCUCUGUGAUGCGAAGCGGAUGGGUUUGGAGUAG